GCCGCUGCUUCCCUCACGGGCGGGACACCGACAGGGCCCGGGCCUCCCGCGCGUGAGGAGAGCCCAGCCCGUGUCUGAGGUGAACGAGAAGCGAAGCGGGGGCCGGAGCGAGCACCCGCUGCCCACACUUGUCCUAGCACCCUCCUUGCCCAGAGAUAACGAUGAUAAUCAUGGGAUAACGAGGGGGAAAAUAUCAUUUUCAGACUCCCUUUUUGUGUGGCUCGCCCAUGUUGUGUCCGAUGAGGCUGGGUGAACUUUUCGUAUCAGCCCUAGAUGAUAAGAAUCAGACAACAAGGGGGAAAAAAUACCAUUUUCAGGCCCCCUUUUGUCCCCGCCGCUUGGUGCGCCCAUGCCUGUGAGGCCGCCCCAGGGACACUGCCUGGAGACAGGAGUGGAGCAGGGGCAGGAAAAUGGUCCCCGGAGCCACCUUCCUGGACAGGUGCAGCACGGCUCGGCUCGGGCCAGGAGGAGGUUUGUUGCGCUCGGGGAACGUGAGCCUUGCCCUGCCACAGGUAACGAUAAGCCGUCCUUGGAAAGGAGGCCGCGGAGAACGCAGCAACCGACGGCUUGGGACAAAAGAGAAAACAGGAAAGGGAUUGAGGUCGCGGGUUCAAAACAAGGGGGCAUCGAGCAGAGCACGCCUGAGUGAGUGGAGGGAGCACGUGGAUGUCAACGUGUGAAGCUCUGUCUGGAGAUGGGAGUGGAGGAGCGAGAAGGCGGCAACCCCACUCUCACCUGGGUCCUCCCCCAUCCAGAGCCUCCUUUCUGCUCAGGUAGCUCAUGAGCUUGCCUAGGGCCAGGAGGAGAUUGACCGGGACGUCCCAGGACUCGGUGGGCCUGCAGAUGAGGACGGUGUAAACAGUAAGGUGUUGGGAGUCAUGCAGCCAAACUUCAGCAUCAGGGCUGGACACAGGCAUGGGCGAACUGGGCAGCUGCCCGGGGCCCAGACAGAAACGGGGCCUGAAAAUGGUAAUUUUUAUUAUUAUUAUCAUCAUUAUCUUUGGCAGAGGGUAAUUUUUAUUAUUACUACUAUCGUGAUCUCUGAUGAAGGCCCGAUACUAAAAGUUCACCCAGCCGUGCUGCUCAGCAGGAGGUAGUAGAGGGGCUGCCACCUGGUGCGCUCCAGGGAGGAGUAUGCCAGGGUCUCCAUCUGCUUGCUGAAGGGAUAGGUGUCAGGGCAUCCAUGAGGUGCACCAGGUCCACACCUGAGGUCACAGCUUCCUGGAGGAGCUGCCAGCUAAGAUCCUCAGUGGCUUGCAGGAUCAAGACAGAGUCUAAGAAGAAGGCAAGCAUGAGCCAGUAUCAUUCAGCAUGAAAGUUGGUGCUCACAACAAACCAGUUCCUAAUCACUGUCAUGCCUUGUUGCAGAAAAGGAGCGAACUGUGGCAUAAGAAGCCUUGUUGCAGAAAAAGAGUGAAUUGUGGUGGGAUUUGCAGGUAUUUCUGGGUGAGGGGCUCAAGGUGUUUGUUAAAAAAUGGAAUAACAGGGAUGAAGAUAAGAAUCCUUUGCAGAACAAAGAGGAGGGGAGAGCACUCAACAGUGAAGCUGAACUCCCAGAUUCGGUGAGGUUGUGUGUGAGGUAGGUACAAGGAGAAAAUGCAGAAGAAUCCUGACAGACGCAUCCACCUUUGAAUACUCAGGACCUUGGAUGCUAUGAAGACCUAAGUACAUGGUGAUCUCUACACCCCCUGGGACAGUCUCAGCUUGGGGACAUUGUCAUAUCUCCAUUGAGGUCUCUACAGCUAUAACGACUUCUGCUGGCUGAAUCUCCUCUGAGGAGUCCCAUUUGCUUUGGUUGGAGUCUUGCAACAACCAUGGACAUGAAUGCUACCUCCAGAGGGGCUGAAGGCCAGCCUGGGAGCCCCCACCAGAAACCGGAAAAUAAGCAGGAACAGCAAAUGCAGAACUCCGGCAGAGAAGGGAGAGAGGAAGUGAUGGCGAAGAAAACUUGGGCAGAUGUAAUUCAAGAAAUGAAAAAUUUCCUUUGGGAUCCAGAGAACAGAACAUGUCUGGGAAGAACAGCUAAGAGCUGGGGCUUGAUCUUAUUGUUUUACUUCAUUUUGUACUUAUUUCUGGCUGGGUUGUUCACCUUCUGCAUGUACGUAAUGGUGCUCACGCUGAACCCCUACACACCGAUAUACAGGGAUAGAGUUGCUCCGCCAGGAGUAAUGAUUAGACCAUACAUACAUGGGUUUACCAUUGCCUUCAACGUAUCAGAGCCUAGCAGCUGGCUUCCAUAUGUGGACAGUAUGCACCGCUUCCUCACAGCUUACAAUGACACCAUUCAAGAGGAAAAAAACAUUGAGUGCAUAGCAGGCCAGUACUUUAUUCAAGAGGGGGAUGAGAGCGAGCAGAAGAGGGCCUGCCAGUUCAAGCGCUCACUUCUGCAGAAUUGUUCUGGAAUUGAGGAUCCAACGUUCGGCUACUCAAGAGGCCAGCCGUGCAUUCUGCUGAAGAUGAACCGGAUCAUAGGCUACCAAGCUGGUGCCGGGACACCAGUGAGCGUGGACUGUAGAGUGCAGAAAGGCAAUGUGACUGAUCUCAAAUCAGUGGACUUCUAUCCAGAAAGUGGAACAUUUGAUCUUAUGUACUAUCCCUACUAUGGAAAGCACACUCAUGUCAACUACACAUCCCCACUGGUGGCUAUGCACUUUACAGAUGUGAGGAAGAAUUACUUUGUCCCCAUUCAGUGCAAACUGAACGGGAAAGGCAUUGUGAAUGAUGUUCACAACGACCGCUUCCUGGGGCGCAUCGUCUUCACAUUCAACAUUGGCAUGUAGCCACUCGAAACGUUCACUGGGCACUUUGUUUAUGGCAAACAUGUUUUUCUCUUUUUAAAAAGAAUAACAGCAGAACGCAGGACAAUUCUGUUAAAAACAGACAAGUUUGUUCUGGAAGUCUUUUGGUAGACAGGUCUUUAUUUGAUUUUUAUUUUUUUUAUAGCUAAUGACAAUUUGCCAUGCAAUAUUCAAACAGAUAAACUACAUUUUCUAAAUGUAAAGGCCUGACCUAAACCAUUUUAGCAGUAAAAAUACAAAUCUGGUAACCAUAGGUAGAGGCCCUGCUCAAAUAGGUCCAUUUUAAUCUUAACUACUUUUUGGAUAUUUUAACAUUAUUUCCCUAGGAUUGUGACUUUAUUUUUCUUUAUAGUUUUAAGCAUAUUUCUCAUAAGAAACAAACAAGAUGAUAAUUAAUCAAUACUGCAGGGUACUCCAUGCUCCCAUUUAAAAAAAGAAAUGUAAAGACAACCUUGGAUUACAUGUGUAAAAACAAUAAUUAAAAAAAAAAAAUCAAAUAAGGUGUUCAGUCUCAAAAUAACUUGAGCCCAGCUCUGUACUGGAACAUUUGAGGGAGCAGGCUCAAACAUUUUUUGAUACAUACAAGACAACAAAAGCAACAGCCUAAGGCAGAACUGGCAUUUAAGAAUCUUCCUAACUGAUUCCAGUCCCGCAACCGAGCUGGGAGGAUAAGCACGUUUUUCCUCUUUCAUGUCCUUUUUCCCAUGUCUCCCCAAGACACUUUACUGAGAUCACUAGACUCAGGAAGCCUGAAAAGGGCUGUUCCCUGCUUGCCCCCUCUGUCACAAUGGCAGGAAGAGAUUGAUGGGAAAUGGUGCAAGGCCCAGGGCAGGAAAGGAGUCUGUAUCUCUCAUGUGGCCAUGCAGAGUACAGCUUCUCAGGACAACUGGGGGCCCCCAAAUAUUUCAAGUCCUUGUCUCCCCAGUGCCGGGGAGAGCACAGUGAAUAAUGCCCCUGAGAGCCAGGGAGUCACAGCAGAACACUUAGUCGCUCAUUUUCAUAGGCCAGCACUGAUAUGAGCACAGUCAGCAGCUUGUCUUUCUAGGAAACCCAGGAGAGCACGCAAAACAACAGACUCUCCCUAUGCCUGAAGAAGGGUGUUUGUGCCUGAAAGUUUGCAAAGAACAAUUUUUCCAACUAUUUAGUUGGUCUAAUAAAAGAUACCAUAUCUAUCCAAAGAACCUUGUCUGCCUAGGAAACCUAUAGCACUUGGUAGAACAGGUUGCUAGUAACUGAAGCAGUCCCUUUGUUAGGCACAAAUGGCUCAAUUCCCCCAUCUGUCAGCCCUUAACCUUGUGCAAAACAGGUGUUUGGGCCUGCCCAGGUGCAAAUGAUGACCCUAUGUGCAAGGCAGUGGAAGAUCAGGUUUACAAGCUGGUCAUGGUAUUGGUCAGCCAGUAACAUUUCAGGUAACAAACUGUCUUUGCUUCUUGAAGAAUGGUCUCAUCCAGAGACUUGAAUUUCAUUCCUGGCUUCCCCAAGCGCGCAAUCGUUCUCACGUCUUUGUGCCCGAGUUACCCCGUUGAUAACAUGGGGAUUCUGCUACUUACCAGCUCACGGGGGAGCAGCGAGGCUGAACUUGUUAUUGUUUGCAAAGUACUUUGGUAGCUUGGCUAGGAAGUGCCAUAGACCUACAAAAUACUGUGGUGCUUUCCAAACCUAUGACAGUGAAGUUGCCCAUUUCUAAAGACAAUUUGAAAUUGCUUAAAAAUAAUUGCAUUUAAAAAAAAAUGAAAGCUGUUCUUGAGGAUACUCAUUUUAUUUGAAAUCUGGAGAUUAAACUUGUUACAUGUGUUAUUAGUUACAAGAACAGAGCAGGACAUGUAUUGUCCAGCUAAUAAGAUUUUUUUCUAGACAUGUACCUUUGCUACUGACUAAAUGGAGGAAAGCAUUUUGGUAUCCUUGCCCUGUACAAGUAGUCCAGUUAUUUUCUUACUGUGACAUCAUUUCCUGUUUUUUGGUCUCUAUAAAUCUUUGAUAAACAAGUCAUUUUUCUAUUAAAAACUAAGCUGACUACCGUGCAUUUACAUUAAAACUAACAGUGUGAUUUUAUUCUUAA